GAAAAAUGAUUGUCGACAUACCCGUGCCAGUAUUUAGAAUCGGCAGUAUAAUCGUGAUAUUCGUACAAUUAACUGUAUCGUAUACGAUGUCGAGUGAAAGUUACAAUUAUACCGAAGAAAGAAAUAAAAUUUUACAAGAAGAAAGAAUGAAAUUCAUAGGAAACGAUUUAAUUCUAACAGACAACGAAAUGAAAGCGAACGAGAUCAUUUUAAAAGUGAAAAAAACCGAGUUAAACGAAGGUUACGAUAACGAAUCGACUUUUUUGGCUUCCCAACAUUUUUUUAAAGCAAAAAAUAAAAUAGAACGAUCCGAAAUGUUUAACAUAAUAAAAAAAAUACCGAAAGGCGGUUCGUUGCAUACUCAUUAUCUAUCCGGAGUAUCGGCAGAUUUUAUUAUCAACAAUAUUACACACAGAAAAAAUAUUUAUGGAUGCGAUUUGAACGGUGUUUUUAAAUUACGUUUUUUAGAAGACGCUACAAAUGACACGACUUGCAAUUGGAAAAAACUGGAAGAUUAUAGGAAAGAAAAUUCUAAUUUCGACGAUUGGUUACGGAAGCAAUUGAUAUUAGAUGUGGAAAAUCCGUACGAAGAGUAUCCAACGGCGGAUUCGGUAUGGGCGAAAUUUAAAAAAAUUUUUAGCACGCAAUACGACAUGGUAUGUUAUAAACCUGUUUUCGAAAUAUUCAUUUAUCAACUUCUAAAUGAACUUUAUUCAGAUAACGUUAUCUACACGGAAUUACGAGGUACUUUCAUGCCUUUAUACGAAUUGAAUGGUAAAAUUUACAACAGUAAGGAAUUUAUGAAAAUUUUUAUAAACACAGUGGAAAGGUUUAAAAAAAAUUUUCCCGAUUUCGUGGGAGUUCGGUAUAUACAUUCGAUUUAUCGAGGUCUGACGAUCGAAAAUUUGACAUUACAACUCGACGAACUUACGAAAUUGAAAAAAUUGUUUCCGAAUUUCGUGGCCGGUUUCGAUUUGAUAGGUCGAGAAGAGGAAGGUCACUGUCUAUUUGAAAUCCAUCAACUUUUAUCGAAAUACAGCGAAAAUUUGAAGUUUUAUUUUCAUGCCGGAGAAACUAACUGGUUCGGGCAUACCGAUCUAAAUAUAAUCGACGCUGUACUUUUGAACAGUUCCCGAAUCGGUCACGGUUUCGGUUUGAACAAACAUCCUGUAGUGACGCGGUUGGCUAAAGAUAAAAACAUUUGCGUGGAAUUGUGUCCGAUUUCUAAUCAAGUUUUGAUGUUGAUAUCGGAUCCCAGGAAUCAUCCGAUGAUCGGUUUGAUGGCGGAAGGGUUUCCCGUGGUAAUAUGUAACGAUGACCCUUCGGCAUGGGGAACCAUAGGUUUGAGUUACGAUUGGUACGUCGCGUUUAUGGCGAUGACUUCCGAAAACGAUGGGAUACGAGUAUUGAAGCAGUUCGCUUUAAAUUCUAUUUUGUACAGCGCCAUGGAAGAUGAAGAAAAGGAAGCUGCUGUUCGGAUAUGGGAGAAAAGUUGGCAGGAAUUUAUUGAUUAUAUAAUUUUACACCAUAAAUAAAUUUUAUGUACGUAAAAUAUUACAAUUAAAUGGUUAAUGUCAAUUUGCAGUGUAUAUUUAUAAUCCGGGCGCUGUAGCGAAAAUUUACUAAUAAUUUAUGGUACACGCGUAUUUUGAAAAAAAAAAUGUUUUGGGCGCGGAAAAUAGCAAAAACCACCGGAAGAACUUCUUGUUCUUGUAUGUAAAAUAUUACAAUUACAAGGUCAAUUUUAAUUUGCAGUGUAUAUUUAUAGUCCGGGCGCUGUAGCGAAAAUUUUAUUGGAAAUUUACUAAUAAUUUUUGGCACGCGCGUACUUUAACAAAAAAAUUGUUCUGUGCUCGGAAAAUGGGGAAAACCGCCAGAAAACCUCUAAAAAUUUGUAUUUCGUCAAUAACGUGGAACUGAUUAAAAAUUUCGAUACAAUGUAUAGAAAUAAGUUUGGAGAAAGGUAACUAAAUGUUUUUCAAAAAAUUUUGAAGAUACUUUCCAGUUAAUUUGUUACCCGAAGUUUUUGAUAAUUUAAAAAUAAAGAAAUUAAAUAAAAUCGUCGCUGAAUCGAAUUUUGAAGAUACUUUCCAGUAAGUUGUGACGCGCAGUCUUAAGUUAUUGUGUGUGGAUUCGUUCAAAACACUGUAAUUACGAAAAUUUUCCUCAACAUAUAAGAUUCUACACGGGACGUGGCAACGUGGGUUCUGUUAAGCCGAGUUUCAGCGUUGAGUUCCCAAUUUUCGAGUUUUCCUUCAAAUUCAGGGGUAUAAAAGUGAUAUGGGAUGUUUUUAUGGGUGUUUUUAGUAAUUUUAGUAGCAUAUCGAUGAAAAUGUUACGAAAUACGAUCGUCAGAAUGAUGGAUCAUGUACAAUAUUUCAACCAAUAGCAAAAAUACCGAAAUUAUUUAAUUUCAAUAUGUACAAUCCGAAGAAAAUAAUUCGUUUCGAUAAUUCAUUUCCUCAAAAUAUAAGAUUAUAAACAAAACGUGGCAACGUGGGUUCUAUUACGCAGAGUUUCAGCGUUGGGUUCCCAAUUUUUGGGUUUUCCCCCAAAUUCAGAGGGGAAAAUGUGGGAUGGAUUGUUUUUGGGAGUAAUGGGUCAAUAUGUACAAUUUUAAAAAAUCAGAAUCUGAAGAAAAUAAUUUGUUACCCAAAGUUUUCGAUAAUUUAAAAUUAAAGAAAUUAAAAAAAAUGACGUCGCCGAUUUAAAUUAUUUAUUGAUUGUUUGAAAUUUAUUAUUUGUUUAAUGAUAUUUCAUUAUUUUUUAUGGUAUUUACUUGAACAUAUUUAUUUUGUAAUUAAUCAAAAAAAACUUGAUAAAACCACAACACAAAGAAAAAAAGUGAUGAAGAAUCGACUCAAACAAUAAAAGGUAAGAGAUAAACGAUUUAAUUAAUUAUUUUCACGUGCUAACCCCCCUAAAAUUUAAAAUUAACUAAUUUUCACGACACAUAAUAUAACAUGUGUUCAAAAAAAUACAUAUAAUAGCAGACUUUUUUUCAAAAUCUUCUAAUGAUUCUAAUUAUACUGUAAAUCGUCAAAACCAUAAUUAAAUUGCAUCGAUUUAUUUUCAAAAUAUUUUUUAUAGAAAUUUAAAAGUUACAUAUAUCAGAAUCGAUUUACAAAAUAUAAAAAGCAAAUAACAAAAUAAAGAUAGAAAGAAAUCAAAAUAAAAAGAAACAAAAUAAACAAAGAGAACAGAAUGCAAAUAAAAAAGAGAAAAGAUUCGAAAUAAACAAAGAAAGAAAUCAAACUAAAAAAACAAAAAAAUUCAAAAUAAAAAGAAUCGAAAUAAACGAAGAGAGUGAAUCAAAAUAAAGAAAGAAAAAAGAAUGAAAUAAAUGAAGAAAAAAGAAUGAAAUAAGUAAAGAAAUAAGAAUCGAAAUAAAGGAAGACAAAAAUUAAAAUAAACAAAAAGAAAGAAAUGCAAAUGAAAAAGAUUCAAAAUAAACAAAGAGAAAAUCAAAAUAAACAAAGUUAAAGAAU